CAUGUUGCCCCGCCCAGACCCUGGCGGAAGUAAGAAAGUGACAGAAAUGAUAUUUAGCUGAUUUACUUCCAUAAGCGUGAUCUCUACACACACCAGGAGCUUCUGCUGCUUUUAUUCCCUCACUGCUUUUCUUUGGCAAACAAAAGACACACAUGAAGCGGAUAAACUGAGGUUUUUUUGUUUGUUUUCUGCUGGAUCAUAUCACACGACGGCUCAGCAUGUGAUACUGGACUGUACUGGACUAAAGGGAGAUUAGAUUAAACCUGCAAGAAACGGUUCCCUUUAAACCAUGCAUGCUGCCGAAAUGGUCAGUGUGUAGAACUGAAAUGGUCAGUGUGUAGAACUGAAAUGGUCAGUGUGUAGAACUGAAAUGGUCCGUGUGUAGAACUGAAAUGGUCAGUGUGUAGAACUGAAAUGGUCAGUGUGUAGAACUGAAAUGGUCAGUGUGUAGAACUGAAAUGGUCAGUGUGUAGAACUGAAAUGGUCCGUGUGUAGAACUGAAAUGGUCCGUGUGUAUAACUGCCACCCAUUCGCGGCCCAGCGGAUCGUCCCUGCGACCCAGGAGCCCGGGCUGGUGUGCUGCGGCGGCGGAGCGCUGUUCCUGGUCUCCGCUGGAGGAUGUAAGGUCGAGGUGUUCCACACACAGCAGGAGGAAUGUCCACUCAUCUGUCGCUUCUCCACCAUGGGCAUAGUGCACAGUAUCGUGUACAGUCAGAUCGGGGAUUACCUGGUCACCAUUGAGGAGAAGAAUGGUGCCACCUACCUGAGGGCCUACACCAACUGGCGCUAUCAAGCAGCUGAGAAGAAGCGUGUAGGCGUUCGCUUGCUCGGGCACCUCAUGCGCGGCCAGGCUCUCCAUGGCACCCCCAAGGAACAGAUGGAGAUCGUGGAGAUACCUUUGUCUGAGACACCGCUCUGCACUGCCUGCUGCUCCAUCACAGGUGCCCUGCUGGUGGCCUGUGCAAAGAGCCUGGUGCUGUUUAGUCUGAAGCGGCAGUCACUUAACGAUCAACUCGACGCCCUCGACUUCGAGAGGCUCCUCAUCCUGUACGUUUCUGGUUGGAGCCCGUCACAGGUGGCUCUCUGUGGUGGGUACGUGGCCAUGCAGACAGAGCUGGAGGUGCUGGUGGUGAAGCUGGAGAACCUGGAAAAGAUAUGUGCAUCUGACGAAGAGCAUAUGCAGCUGCGUGGAGAUGUUAUGGCUGCAGCUGGUGUUACUGACGCUGAUGGUAAAAAGGAGCCACAGAGUCCCUUCGAGUCUGACGACUACUUUGUGUUCCCGAAGCAUCUGGAGAUGCUGGGAGAUAAGGCAAAGGAUUGUGGAGUGUCCCUGACUUUAGAGUGGACUGGGAUGGACACAGAGGCAAACGACAACAUGGGAGUUACCUACAUCUUGUACAGGAGGUUUGCCCCAGAUUUCUUCCAGGGCUGCACUGUGGAGGAGACACGCUUACACUCCCUCCAGCUCCACCCCAUGUACACUGGUAAUCCGGAUGUAAGCAGUGAUGCUGAAAACAGUGAUCCUGCCUGUAUGUUCUGUUUCUUUUCUCUACCAAAUGCUGGUUACAUGUACAGCCUGAAGAACACCGUAGAGCUCAUUUCCGCCUACCAGUACCCAGAGAAGGCCCAUCAGGCUCUGCUGUGCAACGAGUUUCUUCAUGUUAUCACACAAAAUGCUCUGCAGUGUUUCUCUGUAAGAUGUAGCGCCGUGGCUGCUCGGGUCGAGGAUCCCUACAUCGACACCACCAUGAAGGCCUGUCCUCCUUUCACUAUGGAGGUUUCUGCCCUCCGUAUCCAGCUCUUCAUCGGCCUCAAGUCUCUGUGUCAUGACGGGAAUCAUAUUGUUCUGCUCACAGCUGCUGACAUUGAAACCAAAGAAGAGACAGAGCGAGCAACUAGAAGAUCUAUCAAAUCAAAAGAGCAGAACUCAAUGGCAGGGAUUUUCCUAGCAGUAGGUAUAAAUCCAACCACCAGCCCUGCUCUGGAGAGCUUCCUGUCCAGGUCCUUCCUAUCCAAGAAAACCUCGGUGUCUAAGCUAAAGGAGCCCAGUGAGAGUGGUCAUGGCUGGAACCUGUACGUGAUAAGCACCGUGUCCACACUGCAGCUCUACAGAGAGAUGGUGGAGUACAGUAAACGUUACGAGCAGACCAGCCCGCUGUCCCAGAACUAUGUCCAUCUGCUUAGUGAAGCUCACCUGCUGCUGAGAGCCAGUCUGCUCUGCUCUCCAAACACAGACAGAGCCAAGAUCCAGGAAGCUUUUCAGGAGAGCUGUGCUCACCUGGGAGACUGCUUCAGCAGGCUGGAGAAGCGGGAUUGUCACUUGGCUCUUCCAUACUACAAAAUGUCUGGCCUGUCUGUGACGGAGGUCAUCCAGAGGAACGUUGCCGUAUGCAGGGGUCCUGCUCCAGAUUAUGGGAAUGGCUUUCUUUUCUUCCUGAAGCACUCUCUCUAUGAGGAAACCAUGGAAGAGCUCAGUGAAGAAACCGCUAACACCGUGUUGGAGAUCUUCAGUAAGGCCGAGCCGGGCCAGCUCCCGUACGUGGUGAGCAGCUCGUUCAUGAAGAACGCCAAUCCUGUCUGUGUACGUGUACAUCUGGAACACCUGGAGCUCAGUGGCGCCCCAUCGGUCACAGUCUCGCUCUGUAAGGCAGCUCAGGCGCUGCGUUUAGGAGACCUGCACUACUACCAACAGCAGAUGGAUCGGCAUGCGGAGAUGCUGCAGGUGUACGGCUUCAUAGAGGAACCCAAGCUUCUUGUGCAUCGCAGAGGGAAAGCCAUGGUUCCCACUGAGCUAGCACGGCACCUGCGGGACACUCAGGACGGCCUGCUGGUGGCCGCCGUCGUGGCUCUUCAUGAGAACAGCAAGGUCAAACUGGAGGAGGCUGAACUCUUCUUUCAGGAGUUGUGCAAGGACAGUGCAGAGUCUCAGAGCAUUCCUCAGCUGUUGGUGGAUUUCUGGGAGGCUCUUCUGGUGGCUUCAUCUCAGGAAUCAAUCGUCCAGGAGCUUUUGUUCCACCUCACAUCUGUAUACAUCGAGCGCAUCAUGUGCAGAGAGCGCUCAGGAAUUAAAGCUCUUAAAACAGCUGAGGACUUGAUCAACUCCUGCUCUCAUUAUGGGUCACUGUUUCCGUGGUUGAACAUUCUGACUCCUGCUCAGUUCAACAUCACACAUGACCACCAAGAAGACCUUCAGAAACUUCAGUCUCUGCUCUGUGGCCCGACACUGGACGUCUCCUCCAUUGUGCCUCUGCUAGAACAGCUACCUGAUGAGGAUAACACUGGCCUUAGCGUGCACAUGCUUUGUGCCACCAAACUGGGUCAGCAUGAGAACGCCAUCGAGAAGCUACUGGACCGCUGCCCUCAUGCCAUCGUCUCCUACGCCAACCAUGAGUUACGUAGGGACAAAAUGGCUUUGUGGUGGCUGAAGCUGUUUCCUGAGCUUUGUGAGAGGAUACGUCUUUCAUCAGGAGAUAAUGGUGUUCUACUCACCGCUCUCAAAGAGACUCUGGCGGUGGUGGCCAUGGAGCUGAACCCUGUAGAGUUUUUGAACUUGAUACCAGACGAUGGCACUGCACACUUCUUCUUAGCUCAUCUUCUGAAAUGUAGCCAGAAGCAUCUCCUUACAUGAAUUGCAGGACAUUACUCCAUUCCACUCCUGAUUGUACAAUCAUAUAAGCUAAUACAGGAAUAUAAGAUUGUGUGAGAUUUGUGUUAAUCCUAUACCAGAAUAUUAACCAAGUAACAAUAUUAUAGUUCUUUAUUACAGCAUACAGGCAUGCAGGUAGAUGUUACACCCCUCAUAGCACUAAAGAUAAUGUUUAUGAAAGUCUUCUGUGUAGAAUAUGAUUUCAGGACCAACACAACCUGCUUGUGUUAGGAGUUCUCCACUGGCUGGUGAAAGUCAUUUAACUGGAAGUUCUGAGCUGGUUUUAACUGGACAUGAACAAGAGAACUGGACGACAUUAUAAGUGGCUUAAAACGUAUGUAAUAUGUGGUGUUUAAACUUAGCCUAUUAAAGUUUAUUAAGCCUUUGAAAAGAAUACUCAUAUCUACAUUCGUAAAUAGAAGGAAGUUCAUGUACAAGGUGGGAAACAGAAACAUAUCCCACUUGGGCCAUGGAUCACAUGAAUCUCUGGGUCAUAACAGAUUCACGGUCGAAAUAUAGAUCUAAAAUUCAGGAUUUGGGUCAAUAUUCUAAAACCUCAUAUUCAGCACCUAAAUUUACCACUAAAAUAGAAAAAUUCAGGUCUUGAUAUAAACAUUUCAGCAGCAUUGAUACUGCUUACUCUGAGAACUCAGUAUUAGAUCUAUGCUUUUAAUCUGUGCAGGUUUAUGUACUAAUUUCUCCAAUCCUCAGCUGUUCCACUGGAGACGUUUAGUUCUUUAAGCUAAAUCAGGACAUCAUUAGCAGUAUAUGAUUUGGUUGGUUGCCAUCUUAUGACACAUGGAUGUAAGUAUUUGCACUUUUAGCACUUAUAUGUUUCUUUAUCUGUUGGGUGCUGAUAUCUAAAAUAUACUUACUAUGUCUUCUUUUUCUUUUUAUCUUUUUUUUUUUUUUAAUUAAAUUAUGUGAAAUGUCACAGUGUGUCAGUGUAUUAUAAAGUUCAAUAAAUCUUCACUAUGUCUAACUGUUCCUGUUUCUCACUCUUGGGUUUCUUGUCUCUUUAUUAGUUCUCUGUGAGCAGACAGAAAGCUGUGUCCAGUAACAGAGCAGCAUUUGGGGAAUAGAAAGAAAAGUAACUUUGAAUUAGAGACGAAACUUUGAAGGAUAGAAAGAAAAAGAGUGAG